UUUCCUCAAAUAAUGCAUUCUCAGUCUCACAAAACACAAAGCAGCAAAAAAAAUCCAAAUGGCUUCUUCAAAUGUUCAUCAUCUUCAUUUCGUUUUGUUCCCUUUAAUGGCACAAGGCCACAGCAUUCCAAUGCUAUACAUUGCCAAGCUCUUAGUUAACCAAGCCGCACCCCUUUCCAUUACAAUUCAGAUCACCAUUUUGACAACUCCUCAAAAUGCAUCUCACCUCCAAAUCUCCCAUUAUCCCCAAAUCCAUAUUGCUCUUCUCCAUCCUUCUCUUCCCAUUUCCCACAAAACUUUUGACCAACUCACUUCCUUAAACCAAUCCCUCUCUUUCUUCUCUUCUAUUGCCCAUGAUUUCCACUCCCAAGCCCUCUCCCUUUGCCAAUCCCUUUCCCCAAAGCCCUCUUGCAUUAUCUCUGACAUUUGCCUUCCAUGGACCCUCCACAUUGCUUCCCACAUUGGGGUCCCUUGGAUCUCCUUCUCCGGCGGCUCGUGUUUCGCCAAUGUCGUUAUGACCAAUGUCAUGACAGCGUUUGGGUCUGGAUCAGGGUCGGAAAAUAUUGAUGAGUCUAUUGAGGUUUUUGGGUUGGAGCAUAGGAUAGAGUUUACUACCAAGGCUCAAUUGCCCAUUCAGGGGGUUUUGAGUGGUGGGAUGAUGAAGUUCUUGGAGCAAAUUGGUGAGGCUGAGAAGAAGGCUUAUGGAAUGAUUGUUAAUAGCUUUGAGGAACUGGAAGGUUCUUAUGUUACACAUUUGAAGAAGAAGGUCAGAGGAAAUAGAGUUUGGUGUGUUGGACCAGUUUCUUCUUGUAAUAAACACUAUGUGGACAAAGCUCAAAGAGGCAAAGGCUCAACAAAGGAGGGGCAGGACAACAAUAACAACAAUGAUAAAGUGAUGAAGUGGCUAGACUUGCAAGACCCAAAUUCAGUGUUGUAUGUAUGUCUUGGAAGUCUACACAACUUGAAAACUCCACAACUAAUAGAGCUAGGAUUGGGAUUAGAAUCAUCAAAAAGGCCAUUUAUAUGGGUAGUAAGAGCCUCAAACAAGCUACAAAAAUGGAUUGAAGAAGAGAAUUUUGAAGAGAGAAUCAAAACAAGAGGCCUUGUCAUAAGAGAUUGGGCUCCACAACUUUUGAUAUUAUCACACUUUGCUAUUGGGGGAUUCCUCACUCACUGUGGUUGGAACUCAGUCCUUGAAGCCAUAUCUGCUGGCUUGCCAAUGCUCACUUGGCCUCUAUUUUCAGACCAAUUCUUGAAUGAGAAAUUAGUGGCUGAUGUUUUGGAUAUAGCUGUGAAAGUUGGUGCAAAAAAUCCAGUGAUGAAAAUGAAAGAAGAAGAACAAGAAGAUCAAAAAGAAGAAGAAGAAGAGGAGGAGGAGGGGAUAAUAAUAGAGGUAAAGAAAGAAGAUGUUAGGGAAGGAAUUGAAAGGGUAAUGGGGAAAGGAGAUGAAGCUGAGGAAAGAAGGAAGAAAGCAAGAGAAUUUGGGGUUAUGGCAAAUAAUGCUUGGGAAGAGGGUGGCUCUUCUCAGCUUAAUAUUAGAUUAUUGAUUGAUGAUAUAAUGAAACAAACCAAGAUUUCAACCUAAACAUUGAUCUUUUGGGGACUUUCCAUUUUCAUGUGUAUCUACCUUUUAAUUGUUGAUUUGUUUGUUUUUUAAUGGUUAACUUGAUUCUUUGGAUUUUACUUGAAGAAGCAUUUUGGGUCCAUACCUAAAUGCAAUGAAAUUAUUUUAA